CAACACCACCAACGACCGCCGCCUGCCGACAACCAUGUCCGGCACGCUCAUCUCCGCCAUCGCCUGGGUCCCGCGGGGACGGGCGGCUCUCGAGCCGCGCAAGUACGAGCUGAACGAGGCCGAGCUCGAGCGCGUCGGCAAGCUCGGCGGACCCGGCGUCCUCGAGCAGCUCAAGGAGCAGAUGGAGAAGAUGGAGAUGGAGGACGAGGGGGAGUGGGAGGAUGCUGGGGAGGAGGAGGAGGGAGAUGAUGACGACGAGGACGACGAGGACGCCGAGGACGCCGAGGACAAGGACGGCGACGACGAGGACAUGGAGGUCGAGACCAAGCCUCACGACCCGAACGACCUGUCCGCCUUCAAGAUGGACGAGUACGACGACGAGGUGUCGACGGGUGUUGCCAUGGGCGCGUUCGCCAACGUCAAGGGCCUGACGUACUACCGCGACCAGAACGACGACCCGUUCAUCACGCUCAAGGAGGACGACGAGGAGAUUGAGCGCGAGGAGCUCGCGCUGCUCGCGACGGACAACAUGCUGGUUACUGCGCGCACGUCGGACGACCUCUCGGGGCUCGACUUCCACGUGUACGACGAGACCAACGAGUCGCUGUACACGCACCACGACCUGAUGCUGCCGACGUUCCCGCUGUGUCUCGAGUGGCUCGACUUCAACUCUGGUCCUUCCGACGACGAGAAGCGCACGGGCAACUUUAUCGCUGUCGGCACGUUUGACCCGUCGAUCGAGAUCUGGGACUGCGACGUCGUCGACGGGCUGUACCCGCACGCGAUCCUCGGCCAGCCGACGGGCAUCGAGAAGCCCGAGGCCAAGCCCCUCGGCACGGGCAAGAAAAAGCGCCGCCAGAUGGUCCAGCCGACCGCCAACGCCGACUACCACGUCCAGCCGGUGCUCACGCUCUCGUGGACGCCCAAGUUCCGCAACUUGCUGCUCUCGGGAUCCGCCGACGCGACCGUCAAGCUGUGGGACCUGACGCGCGAGUCGCCCAUGAGCGCCAGCCAGUCGUGGGACAGCAUCCACUCUGGCGAGAAGGUGCAGGGUGUCGAGUGGAACAAGGCGCAGGCGGGCGCCGGCACCGACUCGGCUGUCCUGUCGGGCGGCUACGACCGCGUCGUCAAGGUGUGGGAUGCGCAGACCAAGAGCGGCGAGGGCUUCGGCGUCAAGGUGACCGAGGACAUUGAGUGUGUGCGGUGGGACCCGUGGUCGCCGACGUCGUUCUACGUGUCGCUCGAGAACGGUCUCGUGCUGGCGUACGACGCGCGUACUUUGUCGUCGAGCAAGAACGCGCAGGCAAAGUACACGCUGGCGGCGCACGACGGUGCAGCCAGCGCACUGGACAUCAACCCGCACAUCCGCGGGUGUAUCCUCACGGGCGGCAUGGACAAGACGGUCAAGGUGUGGAACGUGUCCGACGAGGAGACGGAGGGUGUCGCGGGCCGCAAGCGCGACAUCAGCCUCGCGACCUCGCGCGACCUCGGCCUCGGCAAGGUGUUCGCGGCCCGCUGGUGCCCCGACCCCGAGGCGCCGCUCACCAUCGCCGCGGCCGGCUCAAAGGCCAGCCUGCAGGUCUGGGACGUCGCGUCCAACCCCGGCGCACGGAAGGCGUUUGGCGACCGCCUCAGAAGGCACGGCCGCGAGCUCGCCGAGAUCAAGAAGAGCGGAGGGGUCGUUGCCAACAACGGCGGCGACGAGGAGGAGGAGGACGACGACUAGGGGCUGGGCUGGGGCCUGGGGCAGGUGCUGGCACUAUAGACUGAUGUAUUGCAUCGUAAUG